AUGCCAAAAAGGAGCGGACUUUUGCUGAUGCUCGGGGUGAUGCUGGUUGCAUCGGCGCACGAGCUGGACGUGAACGAGUCGUACUCGCCGCGGAGAGCGCGCGCCUCCGCCAACAGCCCCGCGGAUGUGGCGCGAUGUUUGAAUAGUGCCCUCCAGGUGGGCUGUGGUGCCUUUGCUUGUCUUGAGAACUCCACAUGUGACACAGAUGGAAUGCAUGACAUCUGCAAGUCGUUUCUCUACAGUGCUGCUAAAUUUGACACUCAGGGCAAGGCCUUCGUGAAGGAGAGCCUGAAGUGCAUUGCUAACGGCAUCACCUCCAAGGCCUUUCUUACAGUUCGCCGCUGUUCCACUUUCCAGAGGAUGAUCUGGGAAGUUCAGGAGGAGUGCUAUAGCAAACUGGACAUCUGCACUGUGGCCAGGUCAAACCCAGAGGCCAUUGCAGAGGUGGCUCAACUGCCCAGCCAUUUUCCUAACAAGUUUUACGGGAAAUUGCUACAAAGUUUAAUGGAAUGUGACGAAGCAACUAUCGACAUGUUGAGGGUGAAUCUACUAGCCCGGUUAGGGCCUGAAGUUGCCAUGCUCUUCCAGCUUCUGCAGAGCAAACCUUGUCUGUCUGCUGCCGUCCCAACCGGAACAGAGACACGUGGAGGCUGGCACUGGUCUGGCAGUACCCACCCACACAAAAACCAGCCUCAUUUACGCAACAGGGACGCAGCCCAUCUCUUCAGCAAGAAACGCAACAUGGACAACAGCUCUUAA